AUGUCCAGCGUACGUAUUCUCACACGAGGUGUUGACCUUGCCGCUGCGAGGGCCGCCGCCUUUCAUGCUCCCCGCGCUUCUAUCGGCUCCACUCUGCUUCGGCGCGAGCUCUCCUCCGCGGCCGUGCGUCCAACUGCCUCCCGCUCAUUGAGAUCCAAUGCACCAUUGGCAAUCGCAGCUACUCCUCAGGCCGUGCGGUUUGCCUCCAGCUCGAGCGAACCUCUCAGCAAAACGCAGUUGUAUGAUUUGCACGUGGAGCGCGGGGCGAAGAUGGUCCCCUUCGCCGGGUUCGACAUGCCGCUUGUAUACGCCGACAUGAGCCAUGUGGAGAGCCACAUGUGGACGCGCGAGAAGGCCAGUCUUUUCGACGUCAGCCAUAUGGUCCAGCACCACCUUAGCGGUCCUGGCGCCGCCGAACUGCUGAAGAAGGUGACUCCUUCCUCAAUUGACAAGCUCGCCCCGAACACAUCCACCCUCUCCUGCCUGCUAGAAGAAGGCACCGGCGGCAUGGUCGACGAUUGCGUGAUCACCCGCCGCACCGAAGACACCUUCUACUUCGUAACCAACGCCGGCCGCCGCGCCGAGGAUCUCGCUUUUCUGACCGCCGAGAUCGACGCCUACCGCUCUAAGCACGGUGCCGCCAGCAUCAAGUGGGACAUCCUUUCUGACCGCGCGCUGGUCGCGCUGCAAGGCCCCCUCGCCGCCUCUGUCCUCCAACCCCUCAUCAACACCGCCAACACCCCCGCCGCCGAAACAGACCUGAGCACCCUCUACUUCGGCAACUGCCGCGAGCUGUACCUGACGCUCCCCGACGGCACCGCAACCGCCCACCCCCUCCUCAUCUCCCGCACAGGCUACACCGGUGAAGACGGCUUCGAGAUCUCCAUCCCCACCGCCGGAGCCCCUAACCUCCCCCAGCAAGUCACCGACCUGCUCCUAGCAGACAGCAGCAAGAGCCGGCUCGCCGGCCUCGCAGCCCGCGACUCACUCCACUCCCCCGCCGCUGCACUGGGCUGGGUCGUUGGCCGGGACCGCCGCGACGCGGCGGCUACAUUCAACGGCGCAUCGACUAUCCUCGCCCAGCUUGCUAGCCCUAAGACGAUUCCUCAGCGCCGUGUCGGGCUGAGCGUUGAGAAGGGCCCGCCUGCUCGUGAGGGUGCUAUUGUCGUUGAUAUCUCGGACCCCGCAAACCCCAUUGACGUCGGCAUUGUUACCUCCGGUCUGCCUAGUCCUUCCCUGGGUGGUGCCAACAUCGCUAUGGCGUAUGUCAAGCAGGGCCUGCAUAAGAAGGGCACUGAGCUUGGUGUCAAGGUCCGCAACAAGAUUCGUAAGGCUACUGUUGGUGGUAUGCCUUGGAUUGAGAGCAAGUUCCACCGUCCUCAGUAG